UCGAGGAAAGAUAUAAAAGCUCACCCACCUUCAAUCGGGAGUCAGUUCGGUGGUGUUGCAUCAACUGUUAAAGCUCGUUCAACCGGACCUCCAUAUAAAAAAAAAGAGUAUUACACUCGUGACAAAGAUGUCUGCAGCUGGACCCGAUGUGGUAGCCGGGACGGUGGCAACAGCUACCGCCAGCGGACUAUCGGCGACCACCAUCUUCUUCUCACUCCUCGUCCCAGCAAUAGUUUUGUACUAUAUUUACUUCCGAGUUUCUCGACGACACAUGAUUGAGCUAGCUGAAAAACUUCCUGGCCCUCAAGGAGUACCAUUCAUCGGAAAUGCUCUCGAAUUUCUGGGAAGCUCAGACACCAUCUUUCGGAAUGUCUACCAGAAGUCCUUCGAGUUUGACCAGGUUAUCAGGCUAUGGAUUGGACCCAAACUCCUCAUCUUCUUGGUCGACCCCCGUGAUGUGGAAGUCAUUCUGUCAAGUCACGUUUACAUUGACAAAUCCAGCGAGUACCGAUUCUUCAGACCUUGGUUGGGAAACGGUCUUCUCAUCUCCACUGGACAGAAGUGGCGCGCUCACCGCAAGCUGAUUGCUCCCACUUUCCACUUGAAUGUAUUGAAGAGCUUUAUUGACCUAUUCAACGCUAACUCCCGCGCCGUUGUCGAGAAGAUGCGUCGCGAACAGGGCAAGGAAUUCGACUGUCACGAUUACAUGUCCGAGUGUACCGUUGAGAUUCUUCUGGAGACUGCUAUGGGGGUGUCCAAGUCUACCCAGGAUCGCAGUGGAUUCGAAUACGCGAUGGCGGUGAUGAAGAUGUGCGACAUUCUUCACCUUCGUCAUACCCGGGUAUGGCUCAGGCCAGACUGGUUAUUCAACCUUACUAAAUACGGAAAGGACCAGGUUCAACUACUCGACAUCAUCCACGGGCUGACCAAGAAGGUCAUCAAGCGCAAGAAGGAGGAGUACAAGGGUGGAAAGCGCAACCUGAUCGACGCUGCCGCAAACCAGGCUGACGGAAAGACCAAGAGCACAACCGUCGUCGAGGGUCUGUCCUUCGGACAAUCCGCUGGACUCAAGGAUGACUUGGACGUCGAUGACAACGACGUUGGCGAGAAGAAGAGGCUCGCCUUCCUCGACCUGCUGAUCGAGUCCGGACAAAACGGGGUCGUCCUGACCGAUACUGAGAUCAAGGAACAAGUCGACACGAUCAUGUUCGAGGGACACGACACCACCGCUGCCGGUUCAAGCUUCUUCCUAUCGAUGAUGGGCAUACAUCAAGACAUCCAAGACAAGGUAAUCGAAGAGCUUGACGAAAUCUUCGGAGACAGUGAUAGGCCAGUCACAUUCCAAGACACUUUGGAGAUGAAAUACCUCGAACGAUGUCUUAUGGAGACUCUCCGAAUGUACCCACCCGUGCCCAUUAUUGCCCGCGAAAUCAAAACGGAUCUUAAGUUAGCGUCCGGGGAUUACAUCUUGCCCGCUGGAGCCACCGUGGUUAUCGGUACCUUCAAGAUGCACCGUCAGGCCAACAUCUACCCGAACCCUGAUGUCUUCAACCCCGAUAACUUCCUUCCCGAGAAGACAGCGAACCGUCAUUAUUACGCGUUCGUGCCCUUCUCAGCAGGACCCCGUUCCUGCGUAGGCCGGAAAUACGCCAUGCUUAAACUGAAGAUAAUCCUCUCGACAAUCUUGAGGAACUUCAGAGUCAAGUCCGACCUGAAAGAAGAGGACUUCAGGCUGCAGGCUGACAUUAUCCUGAAACGUGCCGAGGGAUUCAAGAUCCGGUUGGAACCCAGGAAGCCUGGUAUCAAGGCCUAAACUAGACAAUCGUUACAAUCAUCUGGUCAAAAGCUCAAGUGAGCUAUACGCAUAUGAUAACAUAUGCCUUGUACAUGCUUUAUAUUGAUCUGUUUAAUCGUAAAAUUAUAACAUUGUACCUUAUGUACACUAUAUUUGUUGAUAUUUAACCAACAAUAAAACACACAGCAGUGUUGCUGUAAAAUAA